AUGGAGGAGAAAUCUGCCUCAUGUCCUGAGGGAGCCGUGAGCUGGUACAUCAGAACCUCCAGACUGGCUGUGGCUUUGGCUAUUAUCAAACUCAGGCCACCAGGAGGAGCCAGACAGUUCACCGAAUCUCUGGCUGAAAGACUCAAACGGCAGAAUGAAAGCUGGAAGUCUAAAGCUGAAGGUCUUCAUGAAGAUCUGCUGCAUCUCAGACAGGAGCUGCUGCUCACACGCACACUGCUGAACACGAGGAGCAGCGCUGGACAAGCACCUGGUCAUGAGAUUGCCAAAGUUCUCUCCCAGGAUGACACGCGAGCAGUCAACUCUGCCUGUGACGCUGUAAACACUUCACAGACACAGGGAGACAGUGCUCCAGGACCAUGCUUGCCUCCGACCCCUCCAAACAGCCAGAAGUUUACUCUCAAAGACAAGCAGUGGUGCCAGGACCACAGACUGAUGAAACAUGUGCAGUUCCUACAGUGUCUGAGUGGCUUGCGCAGUGGUUUCGAGGAGUCUUUGUGUCAGGAUGGUGAUGUGGUCUGGGAUUCAGUAGUGCAGCUGCUGGAUUGUGCGGUGGAGGAUUUCAGACAGGCACACACUGGACAGCCUUUACGUCACCAUGAGCAGUUGCAUAACGCCAUUCAGGUGGUGGCACAGACCCUGAGUCCAGGAGGAGCACGCCAGGGGUUUCCAGUGCAGCACUUUAGCAAAGUGGAGGAUCUGUUGAAGGAGAUGAUCAACCUACUGCUAACCAACCAACAACUCAAUGCGUUCUCAGUGCAGGGCUCGCUGUCAGAGUGUCUGCUGGCUCUGGGGGGAAACUGCUGUAUCACCAGAACUCCACUCAUUCAGCUACUGAUGUCUCAGAUCAUUCAGCUUGCACAGCAGCUAUGGGACGCCUGUGAGAAAUCCAGUCAGGAGCAUGAGCAUCAUCAGGUGGACUGGGUCUGCUAUCAGAAUUCCUUCUAUGUGUUCUGGCUGCUGGAGCGUCUUGCACAGGACAGUAAUAACGGAGUAAACCAGGAGCUUGUGGUGCAACUGGAAACCAAAGCGUUCCCGCUGGCAGAUGAGUUUUCCCUCUUCUCUCUUUACAUGUGGCGUAUCGGGGGGCUCUUCAGGGCUGGAAACUCGUGAGCAGAUGUGAGCUCACUGCUGUCAUUCCCAGCAUCUGUUUCUUUUCAUGUUACAUGCCUGGUCUUAAACAACAACUAAACAUAGUUACAAUAAUUUGCUUUACAAAUAAAAAAAUACUUUUAGAAGUC